CUUCAGAUUUUGGUAUCUGUGAAGGGUCCUGUAACCAGUCCUCUGUGGAUACCAAGGGACGACUGUAUACUGCAUUGUUUUCUUGUCAGUCUUUACACUUAGACUGUGAAUUCAAUGAAUAAUGGAACUUGUUUUGUUCACUAUGUGUAUCAGUGCCUAACAUCAUGUCUGACUCAUAGUAGAUGUUGAAUUGAUGUUUGUUGAAUGAAAAUGAUGGUUCAGUGGAGGCUUAACAGAUGAGUAUUAUUUGUCAAGUGGAUGAGAGCUGGGAAAGAAGGAAUUGUAGAGAGAGUUGUAUACUGAGGCAUGAAAAGCCUGUACUGUGUGGAGUACUGCAAGGUGCUUGUUAUGACUAAAGAGUAGGGUACAAAAGAGGUGUGGUAAAAGAGAAAGCUAAGAAGGAAAUCAAGGGCCAGAGCACUGGGAAGACCUUAAAGCCAAGCUAAGGAGGUCCCCUCACCAUGUGGCUGUACCUGGCGGUCCUCGUGGGCCUGUACUACCUCCUGCGCUGGUACCGGGAGAGGCAGGUGGUGAGCCACCUCCAGGACAAGUUCGUCUUCAUCACGGGCUGUGACUCAGGCUUCGGGAACCUGCUGGCCAGGCAGCUGCACCUGCGAGGCUUGAGGGUUCUGGCUGCGUGUCUGACGGAGCAGGGGGCCGAGCAGCUGAGGAACCAGACAUCAGACAGGCUGGAGACAGUGAUCCUGGACGUCACCAAGACUGAGAGCAUCGCUGCGGCCACUGAGUGGGUGAAGGAGCGUGUGGGGGACAGAGGGCUCUGGGGUCUGGUCAACAAUGCAGGCACUUUUCACCCACAUGGCUACACUGAGUGGCUGAAGAUUGAGGCCUAUAUGAAUACCCUCAAAGUGAACCUCAUUGGUUUGAUAGAGGUGACCUUGAGCAUGCUUCCCUUGGUAAGGAGAGCACAGGGGAGGAUUGUCAAUGUCUCCAGCAUUCUGGGAAGAAUUGCUUUCUUUGGAGGAGUCUACUCUUCCACCAAGUAUGGAGUGGAAGCCUUUUCAGAUAUUCUGAGGCGUGAGCUUCAACAUUUUGGGGUGAAAAUCAGCAUAGUUGAACCUGGCUACUUCAGAACAGGAAUGACAGAUAUGCAGAAGUCCUCAGAGGCAGUGAAACAAGUCUGGAAAGAAGUCCCUGUGCAUAUUAAGGAGUCCUAUGGACAGAAGUUUUUUGAUACCUAUCACGAUCUCCUGAAACAAGGGAUGUUGAGUUGUAGCACAAACCUGAACCUGGUUACUGACUGUAUGGAACAUGCCCUGACAUCUGUGCAUCCCCGCACUCGAUACUCAGCGGGCUGGGAUGCUCAGUUUUUCUUCAUCCCUCUAUCUUAUUUACCUACAUCACUGGCAGACUACAUAUUGACUAGAUCUUGGCCCAAACCAGCCCAGGCAGUCUAAAGAAAACUGGUUGGUGGCUCUUGAAAUGAAGAAGACAAAAAUCUGGAAUUGAUUGUUAGUGUCCCAAUAAUCUUUAUGUAUCAUCUAUACUUUUUGUAACAAUAAGCUUUCUUGCCUAAACUCAUUUAUCUGGCACCAUCAGAGAACCAAUAGGUUUUUAUUCCAGAUAUCCAAAGCUUACUCCUUUAGGUGAUGAAUCUUUACUAUUUUAACCAUUUUUUGAUGAUAGUAUUUCUAAAAGGCAUCAAUCUUCCUUGCCCUAUUAAACAGAGUAGACUAGAAACAA